AUGGCCGAUCAGAUCGAAGGCCUGUCGAAGAGCUUUGCUCAUCCGGAGACGCAGCUCCGAGCCAAGCAGUACUCCGCCGUCACGGAGAAUUACCAGCAGAUGUGGUUCGAGCAGCGCAAACAGAUGAAGCCCGGACCCCCAUCGGCGGCGGGUAUUUCAAGCACUGGCUUGACUACUCCGCAGGAGGAUCAAGAGAUGGCGAACACGGAGCAGGCGUCGGGAUCGCAGCAACCACUCCGCCUUUUCAACCCUUUCACCAUCGACAAGGAUGUGGCUACUACGCUAACGGCAGCAGAAGCGGGGGUGGAUGCUAACAACCCGCAAGCGGUGCAGGAGUAUUUGUCUGGUAGGGUAGCAACGCGCCAAGACGUUUUUGACUUGGUGCGUAACUACCAUACCGGAGUAAUCCGCAGCGAGCUCUACAACCUCAUCACGCAGGUCGAAAGCGUCGUCAAGAAUCUGGACGAUAGGAUUUUGAGGAACACCACAGAGCUCCACUGGCUAAGCUCUGAGUUCUGGGACAGAGCAGAAGCGGAACUGUGGACUUCAAGUACUCCUCACAGGCUGGGAUCCAACGAUGACACCGGAGGAACGCCACUUUAUGGUUGGGGGCUCAGCAUCAGCAAAUCGAGCCGACACUGGACCCAAGGCUUUGUCUACUCCUCCAAGUUGAAUCCGUAUCCGAUUGAGUUGGUUAUUGCCAAGGUGGAUAAGGUGGCUUACUGUUGGGAUGAGUAUUGCGACAAAAUGUCGCCAGAGCACAAAGUGGGUGACUCCUCCGCAGCCACCUACAAAGGAGCCCCAGCAGUGACAUGCCACCACCGGCUAAUCCGCCGGCAAGCUUUGCAGCAGCAGCAAAAGCUGCGGCGCCGGCCUUUGGAGGCGCGCCGGGAGCUUCGGCAAACGAAGAGUGCAUACCCGCCUCCCCUCCACUCCGCACCUUCUUGGGUCACGGGUCCAGCGCACGGCGCGAGCGACGGCGGGAAUACCGUCGUUGGCGUCGGGCGCGCAAGGCGUUCAGCGGGGAACAAAACGGCCAAAAAGUUCAGGGACACUACUCCUCUGCAACCAUUCACACAUUCCGAACUAACUGCAGUUCUCAACAAACUUAACAAAGGCAAAGCACCGGGCCCGGACGGCCUUCGCCAGGAUCUGCUACUCCUUCUAGACACAUUUGGGGAAGCGCAAAUCCUGGAUAUGAUGAAUACGUGCUGGAUAACCAAAACAAUGCCACAAGAUUGGAAGGACGCAAUUGCGUGUUCCUUUUACAAGGGCAAGGGAGAUGACGCGGACGCAACAAACUACAGGCCGAUUGCGUUACUCAACACACUCUACAAAAUCUAUGCCGCGCUCAUCCAGGCCAGACUGGCAGAAACCUAUGACCAGAUUACUCCGCCAGGUGCAAGCGGCCUCGUGAACUGCGCUCUCUCUGCGGCGUCGUCGGGUCUCCGCAACGUGGUGGAGUCGGUUCCCCAGGAGCGAAACAGCUCCAAGGAGGCUGCGGUGCCGGCCUUCGACCCCGGUAGCGAUGGACAUAAGCGGAAGCUGGCACAGGCGCUGGAGAGCUUGAGGAAGGCUUCCGCGGAGGACCUGCAGGGAGCCCUUGGGCGCCAAGCCUUGGCGGAGUGUGCACCGAAGGUCGAGGCCGUCUUCGAAGAGGCACUCCGCCUUGGCAGUGAGAAGGAUGCCAACGCCGCGCUCUGGCUGGCCGGACGCCUCCCCGAACCGGAGGAUGAGGGGAACUUCUUCUUUCUUCUUUCUGCCCCGGUGAGUGAGCCUCAACUGUUGAGGGAAAGGUGGGACCACCAUUGCCUGCAGGAGGCAGGAACUUCAACCAGUGUCUAUGGAGCUCCGGUUGAAGUUGAGGCCCUGCUGAAGGCCCAGAGACUCCUUGAGCCGGCCGGGGCCGCGGCCGGGGAGCUGGAGGAGUUGGGAACCGAGUUCAUGGAGGCUCUGGACCUCGCAGAGCCCCUACGCCGCAGAGUCUUUAGUGUGCAGUUCCACGCUCCUCGCGCCCAGCGCUCCGCGGCCGCGGAGGUCGAGGCCCUGCUGGGAGCGCUGGGCCCGGCGCUCCGCGCGACGGCGGAGAGGAAGCUGGCGACGGGAGAAGUGCAGAAGGUCGAAGCCCUCCUUGCGACCGUGGGCAGCGCCCGACUGGGAAGCUUGCAGCUCGCAGAGGUUCAGCAGGAGGUGCAGCGGCUCCGUGCUCUGGAGCUCCUCGAGGCGGCGCUCUCCGCGGACUCCCUGCUGGUGGGGUCUUUGGAGCAGCGGCGACGGAAAGUGCGACACGCCAUCAUGACCGUGAAAACGGCGCUUGCCUCGGACGUGGCGGGACGGACUGCCCGGUCUGUGAAAGACUUGAUGACCAAGGAGCUACCUAAGAGCUUCUCGUCAGUGGAAGCCGCUGCCUGGACGCUGCACAUGCUGUUGGCAUUGCAGCUUCCAGGUGCGGAGGAGGAGGUCGGCCCCACAGUGGCCUCAUGCUUCCGCUCCACGGACGCUGCGCAGACGGCAAAGAUCCUCCGCGAGGCGGCCCUCCUCGGCGAUGCUGCUCCCCUUCCCGAUUGGGUCCUGCCGGAAGAGCUCAAGGCAAGGAGGCAGCGGCUGCGGGAGGCUCUCUCCGCAGGAGACGAUGAGAAGCUGCAUGGGGCAUGCCAGAGCUUGGUGGAGAUGGGAGGCCUUGCAGCCUGCCAAGCCGACCUGCAGCGUGGCUUCGAGCGCCUCCAAAGCCUCUUCCGGCUGCCGGCGGCCUGGUCCAUGGAGGCGCUCCUGGCAGGAGGAUCGAAGAAGAAGUUGCUGGCCAAGAACAAGGUCACAGACUCGGCUCUGUUGUCCAGCUUUGCCAUGCUCCUCCGCGAGACGACUCACAGCGUCCGCACGCGAGAUCGCACGGGUGGGCUGCCCACGAGAUAUGAGCUCCGUGGGGCCGUCGAAGUGAUGAACGCAGCUGCCUGGGCGACGUACCAGCAGAGGCGUGACGGCAUCGUGCAGGACUGCGACCGACUCCCUGAGGCAACACGGCAGAUGGAGAGCUGGCAGGAGGCUUUGGCCGGAGAGCCAAUGACCGCAGCCCCAGUGACUGGAUUGGCGCGGUCCAGUGCUCUUCGGACCGACAUCCAGAAGCAAGCGAACGAGUUCUGGUUCUUCCACGGCACGUCGCACGCGGCGGCGGAGGGCAUCACCUCGGACGACUUCGAUUUGACAAGAGCGAAUCCCUCAGGCUUGUUUGGUGCUGGGCUCUACUUUGCAGAGUCGAUCAGCAAGGCAGACGAGUAUGCACACGGAGAGGUGGUGAAUGGGCGCGUCCUGUACCCUGUGCUGCUGUGUCGGGUCUGCUUGGGCCAUGUCUUCUACUGCGCAGAGCGCCGCCCGGACCGACGACAGCUGGAAAGGCGAUGCCUCAUCGAGAGGUGGCACAGCGUCCUGGGCGACAGACGGAAGACAUCAGGCACGUUUCGGGAGUUCAUCGUCUACGACAACGAGCAGGCAUUUCCUGCAUACAUCCUCUACUACGAAAGGGAGCCUUAA